UCUGUUUUCAACAACUUCACAAAUAAAUAAAAAGAAGGCAAGUAAAGUAAAGGCAAGGAUAUUUAUUUUCUCCUCCACCACCGCCACAUCUUCCCAUCUUCAUCCUUGCAAUCUUGGUUUAGUUUUGAUGAUGGAGGGUUUCAAUUUUAGAUCCAAAUCAUCCAGGGAUGGGGGGAUGCAGAUGGAGAGUUACUAUGGAGGUAAAGGAGGAGGGCCUAGCAACAUGCAGGACUUGAGGUGUUACAGUGCUAAUUAUGCUAAUUCUGUUCAACCAAAUCAGCUUGGCAAAGAGAUUAAGAUGAAGAAAAGCAAAAGCUCCUUUGGGUCUUCUUCCAAAACCUGGAGCUUUAAUGACCCUGAGUUGCAGAGGAAGAAAAGGGUUGCCAGCUACAAGGUUUAUGCUGUUGAAGGCAAGAUGAAAGGUUCUUUGAGGAAGAGUUUCAGGUGGAUCAAGGACACUUACAUCCAAGCUGUCUAUGGUUGGAGGUGAUCCCAUCUCAUCCUUGCCUAUUCUCUACUUUUGUUUCUCUUGUCUCCUCUCUCUGUCUUUUCCUAUGUGAACUUGGGAUUUGGGAUGUCCAAAAAUUCUUCAACAUCAAAAUUCCUGAAUCCUAUAUAUAGCUAUAAAAAGAAAAAUUAUUACUUGUCUGGUACCUAAGCAAAAACCACAUCUAUGAAAUUUGGAAAUUAAUGUUU